AUGGACGGAACCGAAGGCGGCGACCGUCGGUUGCUGGCGGCAACGGCGGAACUCGAGAAGGCGCCUCAGUCUGAAUACCUGAUCCGCACACCCACAUCCAGCACGGAAUACGGUUUGGCCAGGCCUCGUUCUAGAUUCACGCACAGCCUUGAAUCACCUGAGCAGGACAAUAACGAGGACCUUCGCAGCAACGUCGCUUAUGCCGCGUUAGUACUUACACCUUGUUUUAUUGACCUUGCUGAUAGGUACAAGGAUGCCUAA